UGAUUUCUGCCCAAAAGCCCUUUCUAAACCCACAGAUAGGGAAGCACAGGGGAAAGCCAUGUUUGGGAGGCAGCUGGUGUCCAUUCUCAGGAGGAACAAGCUUCAAAAUUGCUUUUUCAAUGAAUCUUCUUCUAGGGUUUUGAAUGGACGGCCCAGAUUAUUUUCUUCUGAACUUGGUGGUAGUUCUGGCGCACAAAGAAACGCCUUGUAUGGCUUCAGAUCGUUGAUCAAGGAUUUUCAUAAACCAUGGUUGAGGAAUAUGUCCACCACUGCAACUGCUACUGUGGAGAAUAAGGAGGGAUUGAAAUUUCUAGUAACUGCAGGGCCCCGUGCUCAGAAAAUGGUUGGGAUAUGGCUUUUUGGUUCUGCUGCAUGGGUGUUUAGUAUGGUCGUACUUGGCGGUGUUACACGACUGACCCGAUCUGGUCUUUCAAUGACCGACUGGAAAUUCACUGGUAACCUCCCUCCCCUAUCAGAUGAGGACUGGUUGGCUGAGUUUGAGAAAUAUAAGCAAUCUCCCGAGUACAAGCGUGUAAACAAAGGGAUGAGUAUUGAAGAUUUUAAAUUCAUAUAUUGGAUGGAGUAUGCACAUCGUAUGUGGGGAAGGGCAUUGGGUAUCAUGUUUGCUCUGCCAUUUUCAUAUUUUCUUCAUAAGGGAUACAUUACCUUGCAACUUGGACUGAGACUCUCUGCUCUCUUUGGCCUUGGUGCUGGGCAGGGACUAAUUGGGUGGUGGAUGGUUAAAAGUGGUUUGGAGGAGCCAGCAUCUGAAUAUGCUCAGCCAAGAGUAAGCCCUUAUCGUCUCACGGCUCAUCUUACUUCAGCAUUUGUUAUUUACUGCGGCCUUCUCUGGACCGCUCUUUCUGUUGUUAUGCCUGAACCACCUGCUGAAUCAGUAGCUUGGGUUCGUGGGGCUGCAAAAGUUAAGAGGCUCGCCCUUCCUAUAAGCAUCCUUGUCGGCAUUACUGCUGUUUCAGGAGCAUUUGUUGCAGGAAAUGAUGCCGGCCAUGCAUAUAAUACUUUUCCCAAGAUGGGUGACAAUUGGAUUCCAGAUGAUAUUUUUAGCAUGGAGCCAUUCAUACGCAACUUCUUCGAGAAUACAUCAACAGUGCAGCUUGACCACCGUAUCCUUGCGACUGCAACAUUAAUGUCGAUUGGCAUUUUGUGGUGGUCAACAAGAAAAUUGGACAUACAUCCAGCAGUACGAUUUUUAAUUGGAAACACCAUUGGCAUGGCUGCUCUUCAGGUCACUUUAGGGAUAUCAACUCUCCUAUCAUAUGUACCUGUUUCACUCGGCACUGCACAUCAGGCUGGAGCUUUAACUCUUUUGUCGCUUAUGGUCCUCCUUAAUCACACUGUACGGAGGCCAUCAAUGUCCCUUCUCAAAUCUCUGCCUCCGCUCACAAGGACACCUUGAUCAUUUUAGGUUUUGAUUUUGGAUUGAAUGUCAGGCAUUUGAAUUGUCAUAUUAUUAUUUUUAACCUCUGGUUUUUCAAGAUCAGGCUCCAUUUUUCCUAAUAAUUGAGGGGAAAUUUGUUAAUGAAGGUUGACCUUCAUUUGCACUCAGGAAGCCUUUACAAGAAUAACAAAGCUGUAGCUCUAUGUAAGGCCAUUUAUCCAUUAUCAAUUCAGUAAUUCGUCCUUUAAUUA